AUGUAAAGUCGUACAAGUUAAUCAGCCAAGUAAAUUGAAGCUGACACUCCAGUUUAAAAUACAUCAGAUGAUGGAAAACUACUUAAAUCUGUUAGAAAAGUCUAAUAAAUAAGAUAAUUACUUACAGUUAAUACACCUGCUAAAUCCUUGCCUAGCUACUAAUUAGAUGCUGCUCCUUUAAAAGAGUACAAUCCAUAAAAACAAUUAUCAAAAUAAAUUACAUUUGACGAGGUCAAUGAUGAGGAACUACAAAGAUACAAAGCUGAAUGGCAUUGGGAUGUAUUCUUUGAAUUUCUAUUUUAUCAUAUGCUUUUUUUUAUAUUAUUAGGACCUUUGAUUGUUUUAGUCUUAUUUAAAUAUCCUGGAGUAAUUUUAUUAAAAAACAUGAGAUUUUGUAAACACUCUUCAGCAUUUUAUAUGUAAACUCUUUUAUGGAUGGGAUCAGCAUUAGGUGGCUUAAUGUAUUUUAUUCAAGACCAAAGUGUUAUAACAUUGACAGAAAUUAUUUUUAUGUGGUUUGCUAUUUCAACUCGUUCAGUUGUUAUUGCAGCUAAAUAUGCUACAUUAAGUACUGCUAGAAUAAAAUUAUAUAAAUCUGAGGAACUCCCUGAUGAAAUGUUUAAUUUUGAUUUAAUGUUUUAAGAUUGGUUCGAAUAAUCAUCUAAAGUGUUAUUUUUAGAGUAAUAUAGAGCUUUAAGAAGACAUGAAUAAGAAUACUCUUUAUAUAAAUUUGAUUUUUUAUUGGAUCCAAAUAAAAAAACAGCUGAUGCUAUUAAAACUACAAAUAUAUGUUUUUAUGUUGAAUGGGCUAUGAAGUAGUAGAUGAAAUAAACUGACCCUAUUAUUGAAUAAGUAUAUUAUAAUGGAUUUCAUGUUUUUGGUUACUUAGUCAAUUACUUUUAAAAGACAAAUCCUACUUCUUCAUUUUUUAAAUAUAUGUUUGCAUUGGCUUUAUUUUAUGGUAUCUCUCCCACUUUUAUCAGGUUAUAGCAUUUUAUGGAAAAUAUACCAGAUUGGCUCGAUAUAAUAAGAUUAAUAAUUAACUUUUUAACUUCAAUGCAGGCAUUUUUUGGUUCUGUUAUUUUCUUAGCCAUAGGAAUCUAUGAUUUUAGAAGAAAGUUCUUUUUACUUGACCAAUGUCUCUAUAUGCUAUCGGCAAAAAAGGUAACAUAUCCAACAGCCAAAAAACUUAUACCUACUAUAAAUUUUAAUAAUCCUUAAACUUUACAAGCAUGGUCUAUUAUUAGAUCUUUAUGUUUUGAUUAUGGAUAAACUUAUAAUCUAAGAGUUCAGGGCUUUUAUUCAUUAAUAUUUAUAGCCAAUAUAGUUUUUAUAUUUAUCUCUUUAGGCUUGAUCUUAGAUUUAAUACAUAUUGAUAUGUUUUAAUUAAUAUUGCUUGGUGAAAUGGCUAUGAUCUUAAUUGGAUUUACUUUAUAUUAUCUUUAUUUAGGAGCAUCAUUAAAUGAAUAUUUUGAUAGCUUUGAAACAUUAUUAGAUGAUGUCAAAUCAAUUUAUUGUGAUAUUUUAAGGAUGAGAGAAUAAUACUUUCAAAAUAAUAUUUAACCAAUUAAUGAUGUUCAUAAAAUAUUUGUAAAUAUCAUAAAAGAUUAAGUUGGAUUUGAUGUUGAUACUGUAAAGGAAUAUAUUGAAUUGAUUGUUGAAGAAUUAGAAAAUAAUUAAAGAUAACUUACAUAUGAUAAAAGAAAUAAUCCAUUUAAAUUAUAUGGUGUUGUAAUUACUUUUAAUUUGUUAAAAAGUGCUGGUGUUGGACUAUCAACUGUAUUUAGUUAUGCUAUUUAAUAAAGACUAUCAACAAAAGAAAAAUGA